AUGCUGAGAUGGGCUGGAGGAGGAAGUGGCGGUGACUGGACUGGUUGUGGUGGUGGUGGUGGUCGUGGUCAUGUUGAGGUGAUUGUCAUGGCGAUGGUGCUGGUCAUGCUGAGAUGGACAGGAGGAGGAAGUGGUGGUGAUUGGACUGGUGGUGGUCGUUGUCAUGGUCGUGGUGAGGUGGUUGUCACGGUGCUGGUCAUGCUGAGAUGGGCUGGAGGAGGAAGUGGCGGUGACUGGACUGGUUGUGGUGGUGGUGGUGGUCGUGGUCAUGUUGAGGUGAUUGUCAUGGCGAUGGUGCUGGUCAUGCUGAGAUGGACAGGAGGAGGAAGUGGUGGUGAUUGGACUGGUGGUGGUCGUUGUCAUGGUCAUGGUGAGGUGGUUGUCACGGUGCUGGUCAUGCUGAGAUGGGCAGGAGGAGGAAGUGGUGGGGACUGGACUGGUGGUGGUGGUUGUGGUGGUGGUGGAGUGUAUGUUGGUGGGAAUGGGAGGAAGGGGGAAGGAGGAAAUGGGGGUGAUCGAGAUGAUGGUAGCAGUGAUGGACUAAUGGUGAUGGUCCAUAAGAAAUAA